CGAUACAGGGCAGCCUUGCGUGCGGCUUAAACAUUAAAGAAGAGUGCAUCCCACUGACUUUCCGCUCUUUGAAUUACUCGGUAAUUUUCCUGCUUGUAUUGAUCAAACAAAGCGUAAAACAAAUGGCUUAUGCUCUCCCCGUGUGGCUCGCGGUCCAAGAGGAGCUCCUCGGAAACGACGGAGCGGACUUCGAGUCACCGAGCUGUUUCGACGACUUUGACGAUGAGGCUUUGUUCCGUCUCUUUCACUUGGACAAACCAUGCAUCGCUUUCAUCCUGGACGCUGCUCGCAUUCGCAUGAAGGGUGCGGCCCUGAAGAAGACCUCGAUGUCCGUGGACGAGAUGGUCAUGGUGACACUGAAUUAUUACGCACACGGAGCCUCCUCCUCGACCAUUCUGCAGAGGGUUGGCCAGGUCCAGACAGACUGCCUCCCCGUCAUAAAUACAGUAUCCGGGGUCAUUGCAGGCAUGUCGGAUCAGUUCAUCUCAUUCCCAAUAACACACGAUUCCAAAAAGAAGGUGGCAUUAAAGAACAAGAAGUACUGCGGGAUACCCGGCGUGCUGGGCGUUCUGGCUGCAGCGCACUUUCGGAUCAGAGUCUCCCCCUAUGAGGACUCGUUCAGGUCUUUUGUGAACUCUUCGGGGUACACCUCGGUUGUCAGUCAGCUCAUUUGUGACUCUGACGGAAACAUACUGAGUGUUGAAAAGUGCUGCCUAGGCAGCAUGUUUGACCAGAAGCUGUGGGAGUCAUCUUUUAAAGGGAGGGAGAUGGAGGAGGAAAUACACGGACCAUACUCGGUCAUUGGUAAGACAUGUAUUAAAGGUACAGGGGGUAAUGAGUGGUGGCGGACUUGAACUUGAAGUAUAUUUAAAGUUAAUUUCUGAGGUGGCUGAGAACCAGCACUGCUGCAAAUAAAAAAGAAUACAAAAAAAGAGGACACAAUGGAAGUUAACAACGAAAAAAAAAGAAAAGAAACCGAAGCCUGCUGCAAACAAAAAAAAGAAAGGGUGCAGAUUUUUUUUUUAAAAAAGGCCACAACGGAAGUGAACGACACACACAAAAGUGGUGAUGCAAAAAAAAAAAAAAAAAAAGUUACUUACAGUAAAAAUAAAAGGAUGUAAAUAAUAAAAGCCGCAACGGAAGUGUGCUGCCAGGGACCAGUGAUGAUGAUGCACUGGCGUUUUACCAUCUAGGCACAGAAGACGGCAGCAAGAAGACAAGCAAAGAAUUUAGUGGAAAGGUUAAUUGUUUAAUUUCAACUUUUCAAUGUGUCAUGUGGUUAGACCAUGUAGCGCCUGAGUUGAUAUGAAGUUGAACUGGAGGAUGCCGGUGUAGUGUUAGCUUUAGUUUAACUUCAUAUUGAUUCAGGCACUACAUGGUCAAACCAAAUGACAACUUUGAAAAGCGCACAAAGCGAAAUUAAACAUUAACCUUUCCACAUAGUUCUUUGCUCAUCUUCUAGCUGUCGUCUUCUGUGCCUUUGUCAUAAAACACCAGUGCAUCAUCAUUAUUGGACCCUGGCAGCUCACUCCCAUUGUGGCUUUAUUAUUUGCAUCCUUUUAUCUUCGCAUCUAGUCCCUCUUUUUUGUGUGUGUUGUUAACCUCCGUUGUGGCUUCUUUUUUUUUAUCUGCACUGUUUAUUUUCUUAUCUGCAGCGGGCUCUGGUUUCUUUUUUUGCAUCAGUGACUUCCAUUGUGACUUCUUUUUUUUUUGUAUUCUUUUUUUAUUUGCAGCGUUGGCGGUUCUCGACCACCGUAGAGUCCAGUUUAAUCUCCACUUCUUAUUCAACUUACACUCUAAAACAAUCAUAAAAGCUCCUGUGUGAAGUGCUGGGCCAAUGAAAACAGAUUUAAAUGAAUACUGAUGACUUUUAAUGAUUCACAAAAGCAAAUUAGACAAUUUGCAUAAAGUUUGCACUGCACUGUCAAGUGUACACAACCACUGAAGCAGAACACCCGACUCCAGCGCUUACAGUGGCCUCAGUAGUGACCAUGAAGUCCGUUUUGAAGUGCUCAGAGUGCCUCACUUUUGCUUUAAGAAUUUGGCAAAAAAAAAGGAAAAGUCACAUAACAUUUUGUAACAUUUGCAGCUGGUGUAGACAAUGGAAACUUUACCUUUGGUAAAACAAUGAAACUGCUUCUAAGUAUGCUGAACUGCAUUGCAAAAUAGGAGCCCGCAAGAGACUGCAACACAAAAUAGGCAGGGCUAGUCUAACAAAUGCUGUUAGAGGACACAGGCCCUGACUGUUUCUCUAUUGUUAAUUUUGUUAUAUGAAACCACAUCCUUUGGGUAGAGAUGAAAAAAAAAAAAAGAUAAACCAUGCUCCUAACUGAAAAAAUAUACAUUUUUUUAAUCAAUAUUCUGCUUCCCUGAUCAAAAAGUGAGAAACUGUUUUUAAAAAAGUCAUAACAUAAAAUAUAGAUGUUAUGUCAUCAACAUUUUGCAAAUGUGCUUGUGUAUUACAGUAACCCUGCACCUCACAGAGGGGGGGUUGGUGCAUGUCUGUUUAAAGGGUAUUGAGCUACAGAAACAAUUCUCUGCUUCUUAGCAUUUAAAGUACAGCACUUGUGUCUGCUUGAAUAACUGUGGUUUCCUCUGUGUCCGUGAGCAUCUUCAGUUCCUCAACUUAGUGUAAAGCAUCAGUGGUUCUUACCUCUUACCUUGUUCCGUCUAUUUUUAAGGUAGUCAUCACAGCCUUUGUUUUAAUGUGUUUGUUAAAAUAAUAUCAAGGUUUGUGUUUCUGAUCCUGAUUUAAUUGCAAUCUCUUGUUUUUUUUCAAAGGUGGGAAAGGCUACAACUUAAGCAAACAUGUCCUGACUCCUGUGUCGGAACCUGCAAAUAGCAGUGAGAACCGCUUCAAUGAUGCCCACGCAAAGAUUCAUAAUGUCAUGCAAACAGCACUUGGGUGCAUGAAGAGCCGUUUCAGGUGUUUGAUGCAGCUUGGUUUUACACUAGAAAGCACUUUGGAUAAGAAGUCCAACAUCAUUAAGGCGUGCUGCGUCCUGCACAACAUCGCUAAGAAGUUUUCUGUGCCUCCACCACCCAUCCUUGGAAAAUUUGAGGCCCUGAAACCCGGCAAACAGCUUUCUGAACCAGAAAUAAACCCUGAGGCCGUAAAAGCCAGACGGGAACUCAUCAUGGCUCACUUUUAUAAGCCCUCCUAUCGCAGAAGUGCUCAAAGUUGAAGGAUUUUAGAGGAAGUGAGGCCAAAAUUGUUUUGUUUUGAUAAGCUAUGUGACUCAUUUAUAUGGUGACCCUUUAUGGCCAAAGACGAGGACCAAUCCUUCAUUUGGGCACAGUUUUAGACAAGCUGGUGCUGUGUGAUAGCAGACUGGUUUUCAUUUUGCUUGUUCUCUGUGUUGUAACACAUUUAAGGGCUUUUUUUUUAAAUAAAAUCAUUUAUUGUACAAGUUGAAG